UGCUCAUCCCGCACGUGCUCAAAGCCGCCCGGGCCCAAGGUGACGGUUGGAGGCCGCCAUUUUGGUAUCUCUACCCUUUGGCUGAACCCCCCCCCCUCGCCUCCCCAACACCGUGUUCAGCCAUGACCUCUGGGAGCAUGGCACCUCAUUACCUCGCCUACCAGGCGCUCUGCUCUCUCUGCCUGAUGAGCUUCGAAGGUAUCCUUCCGUAUGAAUAUAGGAUAAUAACAACAGCUAUCGCAGGUCUUGGGUGUAUGCUGACAUCAGUUAGUGCCUUCAUGCUCUCAACUAUGUUUCGAAACAAAGAUCAGAAAACACAGAAAUUUCUGAUUGCUCUUUGUUUACUUUGCCUGAUGUCAUCGCUAAUGUUGCUUGUAGCCGCAACCACUUUGUGGAUCUUUCUUGAUGGUUGGUCCAUCGAGUCAGUGGGUCUUCUAACAGUUUCACUUAUUUUCAUGUUAACACCAAUGAUAAUGUAUGUUGGCAGAAGGCUAGGUCCAUGUCAGCGGGUUUGGUCAAAUACCUGGUUACCGAUUCUAGUCGCUAUGUUCGUGCAUAUAACAAUCAUCACAACUAUAAUUUUGAUUAUGAAGAAGUAUGAGUACAGUGAGGAAGGAUGUGCUUCUGAGUGGCCCUUGAUACAUAAGUUAUUUGGUGCUGUUGCUUCACCAUUUGUGUUAUGCCUACUUGUCUUUGGCUACAAAAAGCCAGAACUACUGGCAGAACAGAAGCCUUCAAGACUACAAACAGAGAUUGCUACUACCAUCACUUCUGCCUCCACUGCUGGUGCUGUCAUGCCAAUCACUGCUGCCAGUGAUACUGUAUCUACUUCCAUCACCACUGCAUCCACAUGGUCCAUUACUUCCAGCUCUGCCACUCGUGCCAUGUUCACUGACAUUAUUGAUCCCUCUGCUAUUACCAGCCUACCCAACUGUAUCAAUGUCACACCUAGCACAGACUCCAUACCCAUCAAUAUCACAGCUUCUCCCACCCCUACAACCAGCAGCAUCACUUCGAACAUUCCCAAGAACACAUCUGCUGACACUACUCUUACCACUGCUGUCACCACCACCAACCCUGUUACUCCUAUCAAAGUCACACCUACCACCCUUGCCACCACUAGACCUACCAAUACUUUGACUAUGGCUGUUACACCAACCAUCAUGACACCUACCACCUCUGGGUAUUCUGCAGGACCUUAUCCUGUGAAAAGCACACAUGAUAAACUAGUACAACUGUCCAUCUCCACACCAGUAGUUGUGGCACAGCAGGAGGACGAAGCAUUCGCUGGAACUUCUGGAUGGCCACGAAGGCGUUGGCGUGUACCAGUGAGUGAUGUAAACACAGCAUCACAGCAGGAUCUUCUGGCCCUGAUGUUCCAUGAUAAAUUCUCCAGGGUACAGCAGGUGGAAAAUAUGAAUGUUGGAGGCCUGUUCCGUGACAUACAGUCUGCCAUGGCAGAAAUGCAGUCCUCCUUCCAUAGUGAUUUACACAAUGUACACGGAUGUAUGCAGGCAGACAUUGUAGAUCUGGAAUCCAAAAUUCAGACUGGGUUUACAGGAUUGCAGUGUGUCUUGCAGAGUGGCAUAGCUGAACAUCUAACAGCUGUGAGGACUGGAUUAGGCAACAUCCAGGAUGUUCUUUACAGAGGUUUGUCAGAUAUAAGGGAGACAGUUCACAAUGGCCUAACCCAGGGAGACUCAAGCAUUCAAAAAGUACACACAACAGUGCUAGAGGGUUUAACUCAGAUCAGUGAGGAAGCUGACUCUGUAGUCAGCCUUCUCACUGAAGUAGUGGACAAUCAAAGCUCCGCACAGUUCAACAGGACUGAAGCCUUUGAAACACCAGGUGACUUAAGGGAACAAGAAGUGAACCCAGAAACUAAUGAGGAUGUAGCUUCCAUUGAACCUGGGUUCAUCAAACGUUCUUCAGGUAGACCAGCCCAUACUACCUCUGCCAGAAACAUUGCAAUAACAAAAGAACCAUUGGUAUCCACGCGAAGAAGUUUACGAAAGAAAAAGUGGAAGGGUAGAAAAUAUAAAUAGUA